ACUUUCAACAAGAAUGGCUCUCAACUUCACACGUCGGUUGUGUAUUCAUAUAGGCUUUUUCACCCGUUACCCCCCGCUUUUACCUUCGCAUGCGUCCAACUCACCACUUGAGCCAGACCACAAAGGCAAGUAAAACCUUCGAUGGUGGUUCAGUGAGGUAUACUAAAUCGUUGACUUGUAACAGAGGGAGAUCGAUGAACUUGUAGGAGAAUCUAUCCUAAACCCCGCAGCCCCUCAGGCUUUUCCCCAGUUGGAGAGGUUGAGUACUAUAGAAACGGUAAGGAUCAAUUCACAAUCAGUUUGGCACAUGCUAACUGAUACUAAAAAAAGGAGGUUGCGAUUCAUCGCAAAGCCAUCAAUAAUGGAUUUGCGAGAAUCGAGGGGUGGGUAAAGAUGAUGGUGGGGAUUGGGGGUGGGACAAUUGUGUUCGGAUUCGGUUCUGUAAGUUCACCAGUACAGUACAUGCUUGUUUUCUGCGUUGUUUUGCUCACAUUCAUAUAUACAGUUCGCCUACAAAGUUGUUAUGAUAUGCCGUAUUAUCUCGAGUUAUAGUUUUUUGCC